AUGUCGCAGCAGAAGAAAUUCAUCUACCAGGUCGAAGAAGGUAAAGAAGGUAGCGAUGGUAGACCUUCAGUUGGACCUGUGUUCCGGAGUAUCUUCGCCAAAGACGGAUUCCCCGAACCGAUCGAAGGAAUGGAUAGUUGUUGGGAUGUUUUCCGUAUGGCUGUUGAGAAAUAUCCAAACAAUCCAAUGCUGGGACGCCGUGAGAUUGUCGAUGGAAAGGCGGGUAAAUAUGUGUGGCAAACAUACCAAGAAGUCUACGACAUUGUCAUAAAACUUGGAAAUUCUCUUCGUAGUUGCGGAGUUAAGGAGAAAGCAAAAUGUGGUAUCUAUGGUGCCAAUUCUCCUGAGUGGAUCAUAAGCAUGGAGGCCUGUAAUGCACAUGGACUCUAUUGUGUCCCGUUAUACGAUACACUAGGUGCUGGUGCUGUGGAAUUCAUCAUUUCCCAUUCAGAGGUUUCAAUUGUCUUUGUGGAGGAGAAGAAGAUCGAUGAGUUAUUUAAGACAUGCCCAAACGCAACAGAGUACAUGAAGACCGUUGUGAGCUUUGGUAGUGUCACAUCUGAACAAAAAGAACAAGCUGAAAAUUUUGGGUUGGUUAUAUACGCUUGGCAUGAAUUUUUGAAGCUGGGCGAAGGAAAGCAACACGAACUCCCCAUCAAAACAAAAAGUGACAUUUGCACGAUUAUGUAUACUAGUGGAACCACUGGUGAUCCAAAGGGAGUGAUGAUUUCUAACGAAAGCAUUGUUACUCUUAUCGCUGGUGUGAUCCGUCUACUGAAAAGCGCUAAUGAAGGGUUGACUGUGAAAGAUGUGUAUCUUUCUUAUCUUCCUCUUGCACACAUCUUUGACCGAGUUAUCGAGGAGUGUUUUAUUCAACACGGUGCUGCAAUUGGCUUCUGGCGUGGGGAUAUCAAAAUGUUGAUAGAAGACCUUGGUGAGCUUAAACCAACAAUUUUCUGUGCUGUACCUCGUGUCCUAGAUAGAGUUUACUCAGGUCUUCAGCAGAAGCUUUCUGCUGGAGGAAUCUUGAAAAAAUUCAUGUUUGAUUCUGCAUUUUCCUAUAAAUUUGGACACAUGAAGAAGGGACAGUCUCAUGUGGAGGCCUCUCCAAUUUGUGACAAACUUGUGUUCAGCAAGGUUAAACAAGGGCUCGGAGGCAAUGUGAGGAUUAUUCUAUCUGGAGCUGCUCCUCUCGCUACUCACGUAGAAUCAUUUCUAAGAGUUGUGGCGUGCUGUCAUGUUCUACAAGGAUACGGUCUAACUGAAAGCUGUGCUGGAACUUUUGUCUCGCUGCCAGACGAAUUGGACAUGGUUGGCACAGUUGGUCCACCCGUGCCAAAUGUGGAUAUACGCCUUGAAUCUGUCCCCGAAAUGGAAUACGAUGCUCUUGCAAGAACCCCACGUGGUGAUGUUGGUGAGUGGCAACCAAAUGGAAGCAUGAAGAUAAUUGACAGGAAGAAGAAUAUCUUUAAACUCUCACAAGGAGAGUAUGUUGCGGUCGAGAACUUAGAAAACAUCUACGGUGAAGUACAAGCUGUUGAUUCUGUGUGGGUGUACGGGAACAGCUUUGAGUCCUUCCUAGUCGCAAUCGCCAAUCCAAACCAGCAUAUCCUUGAACGCUGGGCUGCAGAAAACGGUGUGAGCGGUGACUUCAGCGCUAUCUGUCAAAACGCAAAGGCAAAGGAAUUCAUUCUGGGAGAACUCGUUAAAAUAGCCAAAGAGAAAAAGAUGAAGGGGUUUGAGAUUGUCAAGGCGAUUCAUCUAGACCCGGUAGCGUUUGACAUGGAACGCGAUCUCCUCACCCCAACCUACAAAAAGAAGAGACCUCAAUUGCUGAAACACUACCAGACUGUGAUCGAUGAAAUGUACAAGACCACAAAUGAAAAGUUAGCUUCGAGAGGUUAA